CACUUCAAAUAAAACGGAGUCCUGGAUUCCAGUGGAAUUCCAGAUGGCUCCAAUAGAAGUGCUUGUGGAUCUGGCGGAAGAUCAGGCGAAGAUCUCCACUUUUGCCGUGCUGGACCUGGAGACGACCAACCUGCCUGCCUACAGCAAUAAUCGGGUGGGCAUCACGGAGCUGUGCAUCUACGCCUUUGAAGCAGCUCUUCUCAAGAAAAAGGUGGCCCAGGAUGGAGGGCAGGACCAGGAGAAGGAUCAGGAGCCGGAGGUGCCAGCGGCACCGCGUGUACUGCACAAGUUGAACCUGCUUUUCCAACCGUCCAUGAUGGUGCAUCCGGAGGCUGAGAGAACCACAGGUCUGAGCAACUACCUCCUGGAGCGGGAGUCCAAGCUGGACGAGGAUGCCGCCCAACUCAUCAUCAGCUUCCUGAAACACCUGCCAUCGCCGGUUUGCCUGGUGGCUCACAAUGGCUGGGGAUUCGAUUUUCCCAUUUUGAGGCAGGCCUUUGAAAAACUCAACAUGGAGCUUCCCCAGUCCAUGACUUGUGUGGAUUCACUACGUGCAUUCCUGGAGAUCGACGACAAGCUCAAAAAAGAAGCAACUAUUUCGGAACCGGAAACCAUUAAAGAAACUGAAUCUGACUUCAAGGAGCCAGAACCUGCAAAAGAGAUUGACUGGCGAGCUAGGAACGAAACGACUCCAAAACGUCCCAUUCUGACGCCUGAUGAAGCUUCUCUAAAGCGCAAGAAACUAAGCAAUAAUGAGGAGGAGGAUGACCAGGAGGAUCAGGCUCCUGCCAAGCGGAAACCCCAAGAGUUCCGAUCACGACGCCAGCUAUUCAGCGGUUUGAUGUGUGCCGAGAACAAGCGCUUUCCGCCCAAAGGAGUUUACCAACUGGGAAGUCUUUACACUAGUAAGUUCCAGCGACCAGCUAGUAAUGCCCACCAGGCAGAGGCCGAUGUCGCCAUGCUCACGAAACUCAUCCAGCACUACGGCAUGGACUUCCUGGCCUUUGCGGAGGAGCAGGCCAUUCCAUUCCACCAAGUAGCUCCACUUGGCUCUCCUGUCCCGAGAAGAAAGCGCGCAAUUUAAACUAUACCUUUUGCAUGACCUUAAUUUUACUAUGUGAUGCAUUUUAUAUUU